CAAGUUGACAUGAACACUGAUUAUAUUUUUCUUCAAGACUCGAGCAAUAUUUUAUACCUUAAUUUUCCUUGCGGGUUGUGGUUGGAAGGGGUUGCAGUCUAGCAUUAAUGCAAAAGACUCAACUCUCAGAGAGUUAGGAAGCCUUUAAAUUUCCACCCAACACCUUUGCUUCUCCCAAAAAAAUCCAAUCUUGCCAUAGUUUCUGUGUCUGUUUCCUUCUGGGGUUGCCACCAUCAAUGGAACAGGAAGGACAUCAAUGGAUAGUGCAUCCUCAUGAUGAAGAAGAAGGAGAAGAAAUUAUGGAAGAUGGUGCUUUGAUAAGAAAGCAAACUGUGUCACAUAACAAGGGCAAUCUUAUUAUGGAGGAAGUAACAUUUACAUCCUCCUCCUCCUCCUCUUCUUCUAGUAGCAAUGGCAGUGAGCAUAGUAAUAGAAUUUGUUCAGUAGCCCCCCCAAAUGGAUCUCCUGUUCAAAAAGAGGAAGAAGUUGCAGAGAGAGGAGAUGUUGGUGAAAAUUGCAACCAUGUUAAUGGUGAUAUAGUAGAUUAUGCAGCUGCUGGGCUUGCACAAGUGGCAGAAUUUGCAGGAGCAGAAACAAAUGGAGAGGCCAUAACUGGUGUUGUUGUGUCACAGAAUAAGAACAGUGUUUACUUUGAUGAGCAACAAGGAAUGUGGAAAUGUCACCACUGCACAUGGACCAAGCGAUUUGACAGUCCUUGGACUGUGCCAAAUUGGAAUCUUAAGGGUUACCCUGACUUGAUGACUGUCAAAACUAUGAUUCAACAUGGACCAUUUUUUGUUUGUGAUACUAAAGAUGAUGAAGUUAAUGGAGUUCAAAAUGGUGAUGCUUUUUGGUCUGUCCAUCCAACAAAUCUGGGGGAGAGAGACUUUGAUGUACAAGCGGAUCAGUCAGUUGUUCAGAAUAGUCUAUGCAGUGAAAUCACCAAUCAAUGUAUGAAAACUGUGGACGACAAGCUCCCUUCUGUUACAGAAAUAUCUCAUUUACAUAAUUCAUCUGACAUACAAGCUACAGCUGUUACAAAUUUUCCUGAAGAAACUAGUACAAAGGAAGCUCCUAACCUGAUAGAAGAGAUUGAUCCACAACUGGAAGAAUUUGAUGUUGAGGCAGUAUUAGCAAAACAAGAGACGCAUGACUUGUUCUGUCCUAACUGCAGUUCUUGCAUUACUAAAAGGGUUAUCCUCACAAAAAGAAAAAGGAACACUAAAAAAUCAGGCAGCAAACCCAAGCGUGAUAAGCCGGAGAAUACUCAUAAUUUAGACAACGAAGCCAAGUGUGAUGAGUUACAGACUAGAGGCAGCUCAGAGCUGCCAGAUAGUUCUGCACAACCCGAAGCCAAGCAAGGUGUUCAUGCAAAUAUAACGCCUGAACCUGGUAUUCUUAGUCCAGAGCCAUCUGCUGAUAAUAAUCAACCUCACGAAGAACCAGAAGUUUUCAGAUGUUUAGCAUGCCUCAGCUUCUUUAUUCCUAGUGGAAAAUGUUUUGAUAGGUUCCGUUUCGAUGGUGCCAAUAAGAGUGAAAGUGCACGAAAUCUACCAAGUAUACCUGCAAGCAAUUUGCAGAAUCCUUCAAUUCCACAAGGCUCCAAUGCAAAUUGGCUCAUAUCUCUAUUUCCUUGGAAGAAGGGUUCAAAAACUAGUGAUGCACCCCUUGAAUAUUCUGGAACUGGUUCUGCCGAGCAGCCUAACUCAACAUUAACUUCUAAUGAUGAACCAAGCUCCCCUGAAAUCGGUCAUUCAAAAGGUCCACUUGCUGAUACAUCUGAUAUUAAGAAUGUAAAACCUACGUCAAAUAUUAAUCAUGGACAUGGAGGGAUGAAUUCUCUGAUGUCAUCAACAAAUGAUUUGUCAUCUAUACAAUCUGGUACAAAAGGUGCUGGUGAUUUGAUGAACGGAGUGCAGAGUGUUGUGCAGGAUUCCAUAGAUUUUUCGGCAAAGAAACAAUUACUGGCUGAAAACUGGAUAAUCAGUGAGGGAGAGAAAAAGAAUGCUUCAGUGGACAUAAUAAGGACAGAUAAUGCUGAAGUUAUGUCAUCGGGUGCUACUACAACUGAAACAAUUGUUAAAGCUGGACAAACUACUAUUGAGAAACCUGUUGAAAGGGAACCUGAAUUUCUUGCUUCUACAACUGUAGGGUCUCAAGUCAUUAAGGAGUCACCAAAAGAUGGAGACAAGACACCAGAAACUGUUAAGAAUGGUUAUAACUCUUUAGGACAAGGAGCACAAUCACCACUUCAAUCAUCUGACAGUGCAAUACUAGCAAAUGAUGUAGCUAGUGAUAAACAAAAUUCUGGAAUAGAUGUUAUCUUGCCAUCAAAACCAAAUAUAGCACUACUUGAUAAUGUGAAAAAUGAAAUUGAAAAAGGAAUACAUCGGCCUACUGGAAAUGAAAAUAAAGGUGGUGAUGUGAUACUUGAUGUUCCGGCUGAAGAUGCUAUUAUAACAGAACCACGAACUCUAGUACAAAAUGGUGAACAACCAAGAGAUGAAGUUGGUGAACCCCAAGGAUGGGAAAUACUUAAAAGCAUUGUCUAUGGUGGUUUAAUUGAGUCAAUUACAAGCCUAGGAAUUGUGUCAUCUGCAGUUAGUUCGGGUGCUACCCCAUUGAAUAUUAUAGCAUUGGGAUUUGCAAAUAUCAUCGGUGGACUUUUCAUCCUUGGUGAUAAUCUUAUUGACUUGAAAAAAGAUAACUCUGGAGGGGAUCAAACACAAACGAAUGUGCAAGAUCGGUAUCAAGAAUCACUAGGGCGCAAAGAGAACUUCUUGCUUCAUGCUGUUGUAGCUGUUUUAUCAUUCCUGAUAUUUGGUGCUAUCCCUCUUGUUAUCUAUGGCCUGUUGAUCAAUAAGAAUUACUACACCGAAGUUAAGCUCGCCACAGUAGCAGCUACAUCUAUUGUAUGCAUCAUUCUACUUGCUAUUGGGAAAGUUUACACCAGCAAAGCACCCAAAUCCUAUAUUAAAACUGUGUUAUACUAUGUUACAUUGGCAAUUUCGGCCUCAGGAGUCUCAUACAUAGCAGGCAACCUAAUCAAGGACUUUCUAGAGAAACUUAACCAGCCAGAAUCAGGUUUUGCUAUUACCAUGCCCAUAUCAGACACAAGUGUGGGGCCAGCAUGGAUGUCUUACUGAAGCAGUAGGGAGUAGGAAUUUUGGAAGGAGUUUGAGCUUCUUAUGCUGAGCUUCAAAGUUAGUACCUAGAGGAACUUGGUUAGAAUAAAUAUAUUUGUAGGAAGACAUGAAGGUUCAAGCAACCUUUUAUUUUAUGUUUUGUUUUCCUUGCCAAGAAACUCUUGGAGUUUUGUAACUCAAAAUGGAAUUUAGGAAAAGAAAUUUCAAUAAAGGCUUUGCAUCUUUGUUCCAAUA